AUGUCGUCGGCAAAUAAUUAUUGUGAUCGGAGUUGCCCGAUCUGUAAAGAUAAUUUCAUCGUUAACAAUAAGUUCAUAAAAUGCGAAUUGUGCUCGUCCCAAUCGCAUGUACAGUGUUUGCGUAUCAAAGAUCCGGUGGUGAAAACAUUGUCGGAGUCCAGAAAUUUGAGGUUUUACUGCGAUACUUGUAUUCUGGUCGUUGAUUCCAAAUUAUCGGGACCAUCUCAAAAAGUCGACAAUCAAGCCCUUAUUGCAGAUCUGGAGAAUUUGAUAUCCAGGGCAACAGAAUCGAUGUUACAAAAAUUUGCUACUGAAAUAUCUGAGUUACGGACAGAAGUCCGUGUUUUGAAGGAAAGCAACAUCGAUUUGGUUAGGCUACUAACUUCCGACGAGAAACAUAAGACAUUAGGGGAAGAAGAUGUUGUAUUGGUUGAGCACAUCGAAAGAGAUGUGCCACCUCUAGAACCUAAAAAGAAAGUGCCAGAGGUAAACAGCUUGUCGAAGAACAGAGUAAAGACCACAUCGGUCAAGCUGGAUAAGGGGAGUGACCAGAAAUCUACUAGGCCAGCUGAAAAAUCCAAUGCUAAUUCUAAGGUCAAACCUCUGACUGGGACAAAUCAUAAUAAAAACCCAGAGCAUCAUAAUAAACGUUCCGUAAUGACCAAAAAAGGUACGUCUCAACCCAGUUCAUUGAUCCAACCGGCACCAAAAGGAAGAAAUUGGAUUUGGGUGGGAGGCCUGAAUGUUACUACAACCGCUGAGAACAUCAUAGCGUAUGCCAAUGAAAUAUGGCCAGAAAAGGAUAUUCUGUGUUUUGAUCUCAAAUCUAAGCGUGCAAAGAAGUCUUUCAAGCUGGGGAGUAGAGAUUUGGACCUUGCAGUACUGCUUGCAGCUGAACAUUGGCCGGAGGGAACACUGAUUCGACCAUUUCGCAUGGAAAGAAGAGCAAAUGUCCCAUAA